AUGGCUGCUUCAGAAGCCGUUCUCUUUCUUUUAGUACGCGUAGGAUCUAUAGGUUUCUUGUCAUUAUCAGAUAUUUUGUAUACUGGCAAACGUCAACCAAAUGGAAUCCAACAAGAACAAUACACGUUUAGCAUCGCCAUCAAUAAAAUACAUAUACAAAUAACUAGACGACGAUCAGGAACAAUUUCGCCAACCGCACAAAGAGGAGCAUGGAUUACUUUAACAGUCGAAGGUGUCAAAGUGUCGUUAAAACUGCUAACAAAUUCUCGUACUGCACAACCAACAACACUGUGCCGGCAAAAAAGUCUGGCAACCGCUGUUCCGCAAAAAGCGUGGUGGUCUUCAUUGUGGGUGUUGAAAUUUGCAAUGGCGAAAAUCUCAGCGAUCCCUUUUCAAUUUGUGCUCUCGAUAUUAACUAAUAUUAUAGCAUUACAAAUUACAGAGAUCGAGGUGCUAUUAGAGGACUUAGGACAGUUCAGAGUGGAGGGAGUGACGCUAGACUCGAAAUUAUUUGCGCAUGUCGAAAAUGAAAUUAAUAGCAGCAACAAAAACAUUAGUCAUCAUUAUCGAGAACAUUCACAUCAAGAGAAUCAUUCUAUUAAAAACAGUCGGCACAUGUUUUCAAACAAAACUUUAAGAAUCAUACUUUCAUUUAGUUCAUUAUCAGUAAUAGACAUUGAAUCAACUACGCUUAAUCAAGAAAAUUUGAUUUCCGUCGAACCUGAAGUGAAUAUUACAGAAAUUAAUCUUGGAUUAGAUGGAAUAUUGCACUUGGUGAAAGUGAUCAAGGGUGAAUUACUUCUAGCGAAAAAAUCCUCUUUAUCAUCUCAAAACGCACCUUUGGCACAAUUACCUCCGCCAAUGAAUAAUAAUAACAAUAAUUCGCAAAAUAAAUCGUUUUCAUUUUUCGAUUCUUCUAUUGGUCGUAGAAUUGUCCAACCACGAAGAAAAAAGACUCCAAUAGAUUUUCUCAGUGCGGCAUCUAUCAACAUCGAACGAAUACACGUAAAAUAUGACUAUAUUUGCUUAGAUAACGAGUUAUCUUUACCAACCGGACUUGAACUGACACUCUCUGAAGUUUGCACCUCUAUCAAAAAACUUGAUCAUCAUACAAACAAUGAUAACAACUUUUCCUCCGGAAAGAAAAAAUCGAUUUUUUUCGUAGAAUUAUUGCCCAAAGUUUUAUCAUUUGAAUUUAAUUUCUCCUUGGCUAGCGGUUAUGCGGAUUUAUUUGAUUCGAGGGGUAAAACUCGAACAAUGCAAAUUGACAAAAUUAUGAAUACCAUGAAGAUUUCGAAACCAUUCGAUCAAUUUCGAGAUGACGAGGAUCCAAAUUUAUUUUCAUUAAUUGGGAAUCUUGAUAUUUUGAAUCCAGAACUUUUAGUCGACUAUCAGCAUCUUUCAUCUUAUUUGUCUAUUCUGAAUUCAUUGAAGAAUCUUGAGGUUGAUAUGAAUUCAAAAAAUAAACCUCUUUCUGAACUGCCAUCCAAUCCUUCUUUACCAGUUUCUUCUGAUCCGCAGAAUAAAUUCAGUGAUAUUCCCAAAAUUGUGAUUACAGUUUCAAUCUUACGACCUACUCUUAAAUUCAAUAAGAUUCCAAACUUUCACGAUGAUCAAGCUCACAAAGGAAGAAAUGAUGACUCUUCUCUUAUAUUUGGAUUCCAAGAUAUUUUAGUGGACUUUAAUGGUGAUUAUAACGAACUGAAUACUCUAUCACAACAGAAACAGAAAUUAUCAAGGCGUUAUAGCAAAGGUUGGGUCGCGCCUUCUUUUUCAUUUGUUUAUAAUCUGGUCGCGUGUUUGAAAACGCGAAACAUGCGCGUAUACACACUUGAGAAUGAUUUAUUGAAUAAUCAUUCAUGGGAAGUUAACGUGGUGGCUUCUGCGCUUGGAAGCAUUCAAUCAGACAAUAAGAAAGCUUUUUUAGAAAAAGAGACAAUACAGGCAGAUCUAAGUUGGUUAAUCGACGUCUUGGAAAUCAAAUUAUGCGAUAAAGAUGACUUUAGCUUAUUACGUAAUAUUUUCAAAGAUAUUAACAAUUUUAAUGAAAAGGAUGACCACUAUUCCGUGUAUGAUUUAGAAGAAGAAAACCCUGAAAUAUGUGUGCACCCUCCUUCACCGUCUACUGAUGCAGAAAUGGUGCAAACACUGACGAUUCCAGAAACAGUUCAGCUUCAUUUUUCACUUACAUCAGUUAAUAUAAAGAUUGCAGAAAAAGAUUCCGUAGUUGAUCCAUCAGUUUCGCGUGGGUUUGAUGUUAGACUGCAAGCUAUCGCAUUAGAAUAUCGUGGUGCUAGAGUGUGUGUCGAUCCUACUUCUAGUUAUAAGGAAAGAGCUGGUCUUGGGCUUUCCUCGAACGAUGAUAAGCUCGAUUUUACAAAAGAAGAAGGUGGACAAAUAAGAGGAUUUUUCAGGGGCUUCAAAAUAAUCCCAAUAUUGGCGUUAUGGGAUCUGGAAUUAUUAGAAACAACAAGACCAUUACUUAGUAUUAAGGAAAUUGAAGCACAUUGUUUAGUUUAUUUUGAUUAUGAAAAACCUGAUAUUCUUAUAGUCGAAUUAAAGGUUAAAAUUGAAGGAAUCAAAUUGGAUUACUCUUUAUUCUAUCAUUACUGUUUAUUGGUUGCUACUAUGAAUUUGAAGGAUCUAAUAUCACCCCUGACAAUCUCUAAAACUCCAUCCUCACCACCUACACCAACCUUACCAUUCCCGAAAAAUUCAUCACCAAUCCCCAAAAUUAAAUUUGAGUUUAACUUGGGAGUCAAUUAUGUAGACAUUUUUACGGAGCUACCCGAAAAUCUCCAUCUUUUCAUCAGAAUCGAUAAAUUAAGUUACAGAUUUGCAUCUGCUUCAAUCGACCACGGACUCAAUAUAAAAAAAAUUCGCGCUUUUGGCAUUAAUCCAUCGAAUAAUGCAUUAUGGGACGAACUUUUGAAUCUUAUUGAUACACGCAUUCUGAUAUUGGGUGAUUUUAACAAGCUCAGUUCCAAAAAAACCAUUCGAUUUCAUUCUGAAGCCGUGCAUGCUCGUAUUCCAUUCAAUUAUAUAAUGGCGGAUAUUUUAGAUAAUAUUGGGAAUUUAGUGAAAUCCAUAAAGACAUUACGCCAAAGAUUAAUUCUUGGUAAAGAAGAUAUUUCUUUUGAACCGGAGGAAGAAGGACCGAUUUGUCUGCCGACUUUACAGUUCAAGAUUGAAAAUUUGACAUUUAGAUUGGAAGACGAUCCGUUUGAAGGUCAAUUAGGACUAAUUUGGAAGAUUGGUGGGAUAGAACAAAGAUCUAGGAUAGGAAGAGAUGCUGCAUUUAAGACAAAAGUAGAAGCGAUUAAAGCUCACGAAGCUCAGAGACAGUCUAAUAUGGAGGUAAGACGAACCUCUAUUGAUAGUAAUUUUAUUAGUAAUUCAUCUAAUUAUGGUUUCAAUCAGGGAAAUAAUGAAUUAAACGACGGAUCGGACUCGAAUGCCAAAAAAUCACCUUUGCGUCCGAAACUUUCGCCUCGCGCUAAUGCUAACAUUGAAGCAGCACAACUUGCACUGGACGAAUAUAACUCUCGAAACUGGAUUAAACGCGUCAAAGCAGCUGACGAAACGCGUGCUAAAUCAAAUAUAACAAGAAAUCAAAACAAUAGUGAGCAAGAUCAACUUCCAAUUAAAACGACAGAUACCUCAUCAUCACCUCCGUCUUUAUUAAAAGUCACUAUUGAAAGAGCAUUGAUCACACUUUCCACCCCAUCAUUUCCUAUGGAACAGCUUCCACAAUUUAUGCACAAAAUUGGAAAAGGGUUACCAUUGGAUACUAAAUUCACACUUUUAAUCCCGAUGCAUCUGAACUGCAAAUUAAGAGAAGCAUGGGUACAGCUAAGAGACUAUCCCACCCCUUUAGCACAUAUUCCUCCGAUGGAGUCCUUCGAAACUAGAAAAUUGUACUCGUCGGUAUUUGAUGGAGAUCUUGUCAUAGGAGAGGAGCUUCGCGGGGUAGAAACUGUUCGAAAGGCAAUUGUCACGGUUGUUCCUGAUGGAUUCGGUAGAAUUCACAGUAUUUUGGUGCCUAGAACAUGUUCACCUGUGAAAAUAUAUUCUGAUUUAAAUAUCGAUAUAAAUUCCACUCAUACCACCGUAUUUUCAUGGGGAAUCUCCAUGCAACCUGCAGUAUUGGACAUUGCAAGGGUAUUUGAAACUUUCACGAAACCAAGUCCAGAUCCUUCGGAAUUGGUUGGAUUCUGGGAUAAACUUCGAUUGAUGAUGCAUGUUCGAAUUAUGAUGGAAUUUAAAGGGGGCGGCGAUGUACGCUUCUUAUCGAAAGGGUUGAGAGACCCGUAUUUUGUUACUGGACUUGGAUCUGGAUUUGUCUUAUGUUUUCGAAAUGGUGUAAAAAUUCGAUUAGGAUAUUCGAAUGAUGCUGGUGAAUUUCUGCAAGUGGAUAGCGAGGAAUUUAUACUAGGAAUUCCAGAUUUGGCUGAAAUGGUUGCAAACGGAAGCUUAUCUGCCGAAAAUCACAUAGUCAAUGCAAAGAAAUUCAGAAAAGAAUUAAUACGUGAUCCAGAGGCCAGCACUAUGAAAACUCAAAGUUCAUCUGAUACGCUUGUGGAUUACAGAUCUAAUGCAGGUCUAAUUAAAGUGAUUAUGAAAAUUGGGGGUGGUGUGAGAUACGGAAUGGGAUGUCAAUUUCAUCGAAGUUGUCGUAAUGACCAAGGGAUUUGCCCGCGAUGUCAUGGACAGGGUAAUUGUCGUCUCAACGAUUUCGUUCCACAUUACGAAGUUACCACCAGAGUCCCUGAAUACGCAUUUGCUACUGAUAAUCAAGUGUAUGAUUCUUUCAGAGGGUUUCGCUCGGAUAUUGUACACUUGUCCUUUAGUAUGAUGUGUCCUAUAAUUUGGAAUGAUGAUGAUUCCGUGAAUACAAACAACAUCAAUAAGAAUAAUAAUGGUGAAAAGCAGCAAGUCGGAUCAUAUAAUUCAAUACAUGUCACACCAAAAUCGAUUCAACACGCCUUUGCUUGGAUUUCUCUUUUUGAUAAUGCCAUGACUUUACCUAUUCGAACUGGCGCUCUUUUCCCAAUACACGAAAUCCCAUCUCCAAAGCUUCCGAAAUUUUUGCAUACAUUAAAAUAUAAAGUCUGUUUAGCCCCGUUAUUCUUGAGUUAUUUCUAUAAAGAAGAUGCGCUUGAUGAUUGGACCAAUGGACGGACACAAAUAGUCGGCUUAAAGGGAAAAAUCGGACAUUUCAAAAUUGAUAUACAUCAAAAAAUCCAAGAAAAGUUUGUGCAAGUGGAUGAAGGCGAAGUCAAAGUUCGCGAUAUGACAUUACAUGAGGCAGAAAUGGAUCUGAAAAAUUUGGAUGUACGUGGAAUCGCUGCUCGAUAUGUCGAGAAUUCACUUAAAACUUUUGGUGGAGAUGAUGACGAAUUUGAAGAGCAAGGAUGCAAUGAUCAAUUGGGCAAAGAUGACGAUUUUGUCUUGAUAAAUCCUGAGGAUGAAGAAUGGGUGGAUGAAGAUGAUUAUAAAGAAAUCGAUUCUUCAUUACCAACUGUAAAACCAAAAGUUCGCGUUUUGCCAUUUAUGCGUUGUCCACAGUUGAUGUAUUAUAAGCAUGCACCAGAAGAUGACACAGAUGAAGACAAAAAAAUGGAUCAAGAAGCUCAUGUAUGCGUGAUGGGUCAAGGACGAGAUACACGUGAAAUUCAAAUAUGUCUUUUAAAGGAACGCUUGAAUCAGAUUGGUCAUGAAAUUUUGAAACUAGAACAACUUGUAAAAGACAUUGAUGAAUUGAUUGUGUCGGAUGCAAAAAAUCAAAAUUUAAGGGAACUUAGAGAUGAGAGUUUGCCAGAAGAUAAUAUUCACGGAUAUAAUGUUCCGUUAUGGGCUGAUUCACUGGGUCAAUUUAGUCAUCGCUUCGUAAUACAUAAUGCUCAAGUAUUAUGGAAUAAUUCAUUACGAAAUCUUAUUUAUAAAUUCUGGGACUUGGUUGAGCAACAACAAGGUCUCACAUAUUACAUGUCAACGAAUGCUGUCAAACUCAUCCGAGAUCUACAGAAAUACAGCGAAAAAAUAGAAAAGCCACUUACCGAAGAACCGGACUCCAAUACAGCAGCAACUUCUUUUGGUAGUGAAGCAUUUGAUGCUCAAAUGGCUGCGGAAUUAUUACGUAAAUUAGUCGGCGAGGAAAAUACAAGCUUUGUUGUGCCAAACGAACAAAUAGUCGCUGAUAAUAUUACUGGAAGUGAAAAAAAUCCGAUACAACGUAAAAAGUCCAUGAAUCAGUUGGAUGAUAUUCCCGCCGGUUACACAUUAUGGAAAAAUUAUCUUAUACAACUUUUCAACACCCAGAUUAACUUUCAAAGUGAUAAAAAUCCUUCGGCGAGUAUAAUCAUGUCGUCUGAAAGGGCACAAUUAAAAAGUGUUUCUAUUCUUGAGGAUCGAUUAAAGGGUGAUGCAAAUGAAGUGAUAAAGUCGAGAAUAUUGUUUGGAUUAGAUAAUACUCAAUUUUUGCUUACUUGGAAAAAAGAAUUUAAUAAUGAAUAUUCUAGACGAUUAACUGCCAAUAAUUUUGGUGCUCAAGGAAAAGAAAAUUGGCCAGCGUGGGUUCCAGUAGAAGCUUUAUUUAAUUAUGAUAGGCAAAGUUCUUUUCCAUUUCAGCGAAUUGUAAAACGAACAUCUGCGACAAUGCUAUAUGAAAAAUUCAAUCAUUUACGUAUAAUAAGUUCUGAUAUGGACCAAGAUGAUAAUUCAGAAUCUACUAUCUGGGGUCAAUCAGAUGGUGACAAGUUUGACAAGAGAAUUGAUUCAUGGCGUAUAAAUUUCCCGCGAUUUAAAUUCUCUGCCACUUCAGCACAAUACUGUGUAUUUGUCGACAUGGUUUCUGAUUUGCUAAUGUAUCGAGAACCUGCCAAGAAAGAACGAACGGAACGUUUGGAAGCAAUUUUAUUCGCUGCCGAUUUAAAUGAUUUGAGAGGCGCCGCAGAGCUGGUUUCAUCGUUACAGCAGAAAAUUCGGCAGAUGGAUGAACAGCGAUAUCAAAUACAGUCUAAUUUAGCGGGAUUGGGUGAAGAUGGCGUAGAGGAAUUGUGGAAAAUCAAAGCGAGAUUAUUAAACUCACAAGAAGAACUUUAUGUCUUAAUGGAGGCAAUUACUGCCACUCAAACAAAGAAAGAAAAAGCUGAAAAUAAUACUGCAUUAAAAGCCGUAGUUACGGCAAAUGAAGUCGUAUGGCUCAUGAAAUUGGAUAAUCGGAAAUCAUUUUGCGAAUGUGGUUUAACGAAUGCACAUUUCGUGUGGAUGACUCGCGAAGAUAAUUCAAGCAAGAACACAUUAGAAAUUGAUCAUUUACGCGUGUUAAAUAAAAUGCCUUCGCCCGUGUUCACUGAAUUAAUUCAACCUUAUAUCAGGGAUCCGCGACGACAAGUUGAUUUCAAUCGUCAUAAAAUGUUACGAAUAUAUUGGCAUGAAAGGGAACCUGUUGCUGGAAUUGCAGUUGUUGAGCAUUUAGAAGUUAAUUUUUUCCCGCUGAAAUUUCAAAUGCAGUAUGAAGUGGGGAAACAAAUUAUAAUGUACAUAUUUCCGGAGAAAAGGGAAGAGAUUAUCACCGCUACUAAUGAUACUAUUGAUCAACAGCAGCCAACUAUUAGUGAACACUUAUCAACAACACCAGCAGAAGGAUUAUAUAGUCCUCUAUCACCAAGACGCAAUUCUUUAAGUUCAAAGGGUGCUGUUGCAGCUGCUGUUAAUAAAUUCACAGAAGCGACGAUAAAAGAUGACAUUUCAGUUGUUGAUGGUGUUUAUUCGAACAAUGAAACAGACACAAUUGGCACCACACCUAAUGAACCGAUGUCACCUUCAAGUAAUCUCACUUCUGGGCCAAGCAAAAAGUCGCGCAUUUGCAUCACUGCUGACAAUGCGUAUUCGAAAGAAUCGGAUGAAUUGGCGUUAAUGAAAACGCGUGCCUCUCAGAAUAAAACAUUUAUAUAUAUCAAGAUUCCUGGAGUCAGGCAUAAUUUCAGUUAUCAGGGUGCAAAAGAAAAAAAUAUUGAAGAUCUCUACGAUUUUGUAUUUGAAUUACCGACGCUAGAAUAUCAAAAUAGAACUUGGUCGUGGUUCGAUUUAUUGGACCAUUUAAAAAGAGAUAUCCUUAAAACGAUUCUUCUACACACUGGUGCAUUGGUUCGUGAGAAACUUUUAUCAUCACGUCGUGGUCGUCAAGUCAUCACACCAAAUGCUGUUUCACCAUCAUUAGCGUCAAUCUACGAGCAACAGAAUCGACCGUUCAGUGCUAGUAGUACUACUUUGAUAAUGCCGGUUGAUCAAACUCAGUGUGACGCAGCGUCCACUUUUUCUGAUGAGACUUUGUUUCACGAGAAUGCUAUUGACACUUUGAUUCCUGAAGAGGAAUUAUCAUUGGAGGAAGAAUUUUCCGAUAAAGGAUCAAUAAAGAGUAAUGAUGGUGGAGGAAUAGAAAUCACAACAUCAAGGACUGUCAUCGUAACAAAAGCAAAAAAGAAAAAAGGAUUCCUUGGAUUAAAAUCCAAAAAGAAUCAAGACAUACACGAAUUGUCUUCAUUUGUCGAUACUCUCCCAAUUAUGCGUUCACGAAGAAAUAGUGACGCUAGCAAUAUAUCUCAGUCAAAAUCAUCUUCUUCACCUGCGUUGAUUGUAUCAGAAGAGGAUGAAAAGGAAUCCAAAAGGAAAUUGUUAUUAGGGAAAUUGUACUAA